AUGCCCGUGCGUACGCGGUACUGCAAUUGCGGCGAUAUUUCAGUUAUUCCUUCCCCCCCCAUGAGGGGCGGCGGCCGUGAUACAUCCGUUUCUUUUUGCCAGCAAAAACUGCACGCACUUUUGGAUGGCGUUCCCAUUCGGUGCCCGCCGUCGACGUCAUUGACGCAGGCUGCGUGGGCGGCGCUUCGUGAGGUGCGAUUGGGUGAGAUCACGACCUACGGCGCACUUGCGAUGCGAUGUCAACGACCGAGUGCCAGUCGGGCGGUGGGGCGGGCGAUGCGUGAGAAUCAUGUGUGCCUCUUUCUGCCGUGUCACCGCGUCGUUGGGGCGUCGCGGGCGUUAACUGGGUUCGGCCCCGGCCUGUGGCGCAAAGUGUGGCUGCUGCGGCACGAGCAGGCGGCAAUUCCGGCGAGGCAGCUGCAGCGUGUGGAAUCCGUGCCGGGGACUUCACUAAAGCGUGAAAGGGCGUAG